GGGGAAAAGGUUCUGACAAUCAGGACAUUCAUGUCCAUGCAUCCAUCCAUCCAUCGGUGUGAUAAAGGGGUCCGGUCCACAUGCCCACAGGUAGGUAUGUCAUGGGUGAUCGAACGCACCGAGAAAGGUGCCGAUCGAUGCACGAGGGCACCAAAAAGACGACACAACCACUCACUCACUCACUCACGAACACACGAGGGCCGGCCGGGCUGCCUGCAGGCGAGUCCUAAGGCACCAGCCGCCGCCCUCACACCUUCACACACACGAUGGAUGGCAUCUGCACAUGCUUACACGCCUGAUCGAUGAAAAUCCUCUACUUGUCCAAGGCAGGCAGGCAGCCAUCUAAGUUCUGAAUCUCUUGGUAGCCGGCGACUGGUGGAGUGCAGCCGACCUGCUGGUGUAGCUGUCGUCCUGGCUGCUCGACACAGACACACCGCGGUCCAGGUCCUGCCCCUGGCUGCCGCCCCCAUCCACCUCCAUCAUCUUGCUGCUGCCGGCGGUCACUCGGUGGCCACCACCAGCCCCGCCACCCAUCAGCGCGUCGCCGUCAUUGUCCAUUCGGGGCGUCAUUGCCGUCACGGCGAUGUGCCAGUCGGCUGCCUCCGCAUUCCAGUCGAUGCUCACGCGGGAGUCGGGCUGCAGCUGGUCGGCCAGCACCUGCACAACACAACACACGAAGUUGUGUGAGGUGAGUUGUGCGAUGUCAUGUGAGGUGUGAUAUUUAUUCUAGAGGAGACGCCGUAGGUACCAUGCGCGAGAGGCGGGAGACGAGAUGUUUCUCGAUGUAGCGCUUCAGCGGUCGCGCGCCGAAAGCCGGGUCGUAUGCCUCGUCGAGAACGUGCUGGAUGGCCUUGGCGGAAAGAGAGAUGUCAAUCCUCUUCUCAGCCAACCUCUCGCGCACCUCCGCCAGCUGAGCACACACACACGGGCAGGGAAGAAAGGAAUCGCUAGUGUUUUCGCGCGCCUCUGCUCCCUUCUUUGUCUGUUUACCUACCUGGAGGCGGACGACAGACGAGAGACUGUCCCGUCCGAGUGCAUGAAACACGACAAUGUCGUCUAGACGGUUCAGGAGCUCAGGCUUGAAGAACUCCCGCACCUCGCGCAUCACCAGAUUCUUGGCCUGCUCCUCCAGUCGCACCUUGCCCUCUGCCGUGUGAGCAUUCUGGGUCAUCUGCGCACACUCGAGGAGGCUUUGUGCGCCGAGGUUGCUGGUCAUGAUGAUGACUGUAUUGGCGAAGUCCACAUGGCGCCCCUGGCUGUCGGUCAGCCGGCCCUCGUCGAGCACCUGCAGCAGCACGUUCCACACAGCUGCAUAGACGCACGCACACACACACACACACACACACAGAGAGAGAGAGAGAGAGAGGAGACACACGCAUACUUGUGACUGCACACACAGACAUUGGUUUUUUGGCUGGCUGACCUUGGUGGGCCUUCUCGACCUCAUCGAACAAUAUGACACUGUAUGGGUUCCGCCGUAUCUCCUCGGUGAGUUGGCCGCCCUCCUCGUGGCCCACAUAGCCGGGCGGCGAGCCGAUGAGCCGUGACACCGAGUGUUUCUCCAUGUACUCGCUCAUGUCGUAGCGCGCCAACCGGCCAGAGUGGUCGAACAGCUCUGCCGCCAGCGACUUGGCGAGCUCGGUCUUGCCCACACCGGUCGGGCCCAGGAAAAGGAACGCCCCAAUGGGUUUGUUGCGCUUUGCCAGGCCUGCUGCGGACCGCAUGACGGCCUCUGUGACGGCCUCGAUGGCCUCCUCCUGCCCUACCACAAGCCGCAUCAGCGACUGCUUGAGGUUCAGCAGCCGCUCCCUCUCCGUCUGACUCAAACGAUGCACCGGAAUGCUGCACACACACACACACACAAGAGGGUUGAUGGACCGGCUUAGUAAGUGCAUUGCGUGAGUGUGGGUGGCUCGGCUCACCCGGUCCAUCGCGAGACGACCUCAGCGAUCUGGUCGGCGCCCACCACCUCACUGAGGAGUGAUGUGUGCUCCCGCUCGUACUGGUCUUGCUGCUGCUGCAGGUCCUUGAGCCGCUUCUCCACACCAGGCAGCGCAUCGAACUGGAGCUCGGCGGCCUGACAACACAUCCAUGCAUGUAACGUAGCCGAAGUCUGCCUGCCAAGCUGAUCUAUCUCGCUGAUCUCUCUCUCACCUCGUCGACGUCGCCCCGCCGCUGUGCCGCCUCGAUUUUGGACUGCAGCUUGUCCUUCUUCUGAGCCAACCGUUUCAUCUCCUCUAUGCGCUCCUUCUCGGCACCAUACUGACAGACACAUCCAUCCACAAAACAGCACAUGACGCAGGCGGGGAGAGAGAGAGAGAGAGAGAGGGAGAGGAGAGUCUGUGUGGGCGGGUGUGGGCGGGUGUGAUACCUACCUGUGCCAUGAGCGGCUUCAGCUGUUCGGCGAUGUCAGCCAGCUGCUUCUCGACGUCGUGUUUGCGCUGCUGGCUGGCGGGGUCUUUCUCCUUCUCGAGCGCCUUCCUCUCUAUCUCGAGCUGCAGCCGCUGCCUCUCCAACACGUCGAUGGCCUCGGGCUGGGAGUCCAGCUGCACACGCGUGUUGGCACACGCCUCUGAUACACACACACAGACACGCAGUGAGUGCUACACUGAUGGCUGGAUGGAUGGCUGGCUGCGCGUGUGUGUGCGGUGUGCACCCACCGUCCACAAGGUCGAUUGCCUUGUCAGGGAGAAAUCGUGUGGUGAUAUAGCGGUCUGAGAGAUGGGCGGCCUCGACGAGUGCGCCGUCGGUGAUUCUCACGCCGUGGUGUGCGCCGUAUCUGUCCUUGAGGCCCCGGAGGAUGCUGAUGGUCGCCUGCACCGACGGCUCGUGGACAUGCACCUGCUGGAACCUGCACACACACACACACACACACACACACAUACACACACGUGUUUGUUACACACACGUGUUUGUUCCGUCCGUCCGAGACAAGAGUUCCAAUGAGUGAGUUGGUAUUGGAUCCUGACCUUCUCUCGAAGGCGGCGUCUUUCUCGACGUGUUUGCGAUACUCGUCGAGCGUGGUGGCACCGAUACACCUGCAGCCAGCGACAUGUCAUGUGCAACACGCACGCCUUGAUGCAUCCCAUCACACCAAACUGUGUCUGUGUGCGUGUGUGUGUGUGGACCUGAGCUCGCCUCGCGCGAGCAUUGGCUUGAGCAGGUUGGCCGCAUCCAUGCUGCCCUCGGUCUUGCCGGCCCCCAGCACCACGUGCAUCUCAUCGAUAAAGAGAAUGAUCCCGCCGGCCGCUUCCUUGACCUCAUUGAGCACGGCCUUCAGCCGCUCCUCAAACUCGCCCCGGUACUUGGCUCCUAUGCCACACACACACACACAGACACACAGACACACACGGAUGGGCACUCAGCGCACAUACCUGGGCACACGAGAGUGCAUACCUGAUAUGAGUGCGCCCAUGUCGAGGGAGAUCAGCUUGCACUUCAGGGUCUGCGGCACGUCGCCACGGACGAUACGCUGAGCGAGGCCCUCGACCACAGCCGUCUUGCCAACGCCAGGCUCGCCGAUCAACACCUGCACACACACACACACACACACACACACCGCACGGCCCACCAGUACGAACCAAUGUCAUUCAUUCUCGUAGCUGGCUGGGCUACCUACCGGGUUGUUCUUGGUCCGUCGACAGAGCACCCGGAUGACUCUCCUGAUCUCAUCCUCACGCCCAAUGACGGGGUCCAGCUGCACCACGCAGACAGACAGACAGACAGACAGACACAGACAGACAGGAUGCACACAAACUUGGUGGGUGCGUGUGCAAGGUGCAUGUGUGUGUGUGACAUGUGUGUGUGUGAGGGUGCCUAGCCUAGCUACCUUGCCGCUCUCCGCCAGCGCAGUCAUGUCGACCCCAUACUUGGACAAAGCGUCCAGCGUCUCGUCGCCAGAGCUGCUCGAUAUCUUCCGGCUGCCACGCAUCCGCUUCACCCGCUCCUCCACCUUGCUGGGCGAAAUCUGCGCCUCGGACAGCAGCUUCUUGAUGGGCGUGUGACGGACCAAGGCGAUCAGCAGCUGGUCGGCGGAGAGGUACUGGUCGCCCGCUGCCUUCUGCAGGGCCUCGGCCUGCCUGAUGACGUCCUGGCAGCCAUGGUUGGGGAGGAUGUUGUCGGGGGGCGGCUGCUGGGAGGGGAUCUUCUGGAGGGCCUUCUUCAACGCGUCGCGGAAACCAGUCACAUCACCCUCAAUCUGACAACAGGACAGACACGCACACACACACACCACACACAGACAAGUGCCCAGGGAAGAGGCUGCUGCUCCUGGUGCUGCCGCCGUUAAUUGCGUCACCCACCUGGCCUCCGGCGAAUAUGCGUGCGGCCAGUGACUCAUCGUCCUCGAGCAUCGCCAGCAGCAGGUGCUCGGGGCUCAUCUGGAGGUGCCCCUUCUCGCGCGCGUGGUCUUGCGCCGCCACAAAGCAUUUCUUGACGAGAUCUGUCCACUUGGAUGGGUCCAUCGUUGUGUGCCCUUACAAAACGUCGAAACACUCAACGGCAAAGUGAUAAAAACUCGAGGAGAUGGCAGGAAAGUGUAGACAAACGCACAGGCAGCAACGGGCAGGACGGCG